ACUUUAUCUUAUUCUAACAUUCUAUUUAUAAAUUAUACUAAAUUAUUAUUUUAUUCAUCAAAUCAAUUAAAAAUCUCUUGAGUUUGACCAUUUUAUGUGUAGAAAUCUUAGCCUAAAUGGCUAAGUUUCUGUAAUUAUUGUAUUCAUGGUGAACUUAAAGGCUACCAACUGAGAAGCUUACACAAAUGUUCUACAUGCCAUAUGCAAUUUCAGAUUACUUCAUCUCAUACAUAGAUGUUUAAUCCAAACAAAAUUUUGAGAAAAAUCCAAUCAACAUGGACGUCCAUACUGUAGUUUUUUUUUUGUUUUUCAGAUAUCACUUCUUAAUUCGAUGCAAUUAACAAGGAUGGCAUUUGCUCAAGAGAUAAUUAUAUUUGUUGCUGACAGUCAGGGUUAUGCCGAUCUUCAUGUUAACAUAUUAGUGCAUCUAAGUUCAAUGAAUUCAUCAACCCUUUUAGUAUUUAUAUUUAUAUAUACAUAUUUGGAAUUAAAAAAAUCAAGAAAAAGUUGAAAGUAAUGUAAUUGGUAGCGGUUCACAUAAGAGUUUGAGAUAAUUUCUAAUCUAAUAAGCCGGCUGCGGAGCCUGACAAGAAAGAAUUAGAAACGAGGAAGAAAUUGAGUGAGAAUGGAGAACAAUCCUGUGCUGAAAUCAAACAAAUGGCUGAAAGAUCUAUCAGAAGGUGUGAUUAGUCAUGAGCUGGAGGCCUUAACUCUUGAGGGCCUUCAAAUCGUCAAGGCCUAUGAAGGCUUCAUACGCUGUAAUUUCAUCGUACCUGUCAGAUUAUCCGACAACCAUGGGAAUUGGCAGGUUGGAGCGAUGACAACUUUAAUCGACGACGUUGGGGCGGCUGCCAUAUACUCCUUUGCCGGCCAUAUCAAGGCCUCUGUUGACUUCAGUAUUUCCUUUUGUUCUUCGGUGAAGGUUCUGGAAGAAGUAGAGAUAGAGGCAAAGGUUGUUGGGGAGAGAGGAAGGCUUGCAUCAGUUAAGGUGGAGGUGAGAAGGAAAGACAAUGGAGAAGUAAUUGCUUUGGGUAAACAGUGGAUGGCUUCAAAUAAUAUACAUGCUAAUACAAGAAAAUUCAGUAAGCUUUGAUAUUACAACUCCUAUUAACACAAUUCGUAUUUAUGUACUUCCUGUAUCAUCUUCGGCCCCAUUAUGAUCACCGUUUCUUUUUCCUU